AUGGAAGAUGUUUUGGAUAGGCAACAGCGAGAAAGGCGAGCAAGAAUGCGCAGAAGAGCUGCAAGCAAAAGGGCGCAGAGAGAACUAGAUGAGCAACUUGGUGUGGCCGUUGCUUUGAUGGAGGAAGAAAACCAGAGCCGUCGUGGUUCACGAGAAGGCCGGGCAUCGAAUGUGGACAGACAUAGACAUUCUCGGGGUAAGAAUCUUCUGGAAGAUUAUUUUAUCCCACAAUCUCUGUACUCUGAUGUUCAUUUUCGAGCAAGAUAUAGAAUGCAACCCCAUUUGUUCAAUAAAGUCAUGCAUGAUAUUUAA